UUGUCCGACAAGCAAUAAAAAUCGUGAUAAAGCAGACGGAAAAACCCUCCGAGCGCUUACCUUUUGUGAUUUUAAUUUUAAAAAUAAAAUUCGCUGCAAACCGAACCAUUUUGCCAUUGACAGUCGGCCAUAUUACAAGAGAGCAAAAAAACUAAAAAUACAACUGGUUGCAGAAAAAACGCAAAUUUCCCCCAUAAAUGUGCACGAAAUCGCGUUAAAACCCGGAAAAAUUACGUUGUUAAGUGUGUAAAUAUCUAGUUAGGUAGUUAGUUGUAAGAAAAAGUCGCUAGUUCUGUUGAAAUCGGGCAAUUGUCUGGUCCGCUUGUUAUUGUUGGGAUGUUCUUGUGAAAAUCAUCGAAAAAGUCUCGAAAAUCCGCGAGAGACACGCGAAAACGUGCGAAAAGUGUGACAACAAAAAACGCAGCUGCAUAAUCAAAAGGCGAAUUUCCGCGAAAAUCCACGGAAUUUGCCCAAAAAGACAUUUUUCUCGCUGACAUGAAAAAACUUUCUUGUAAGCCAUUUAAUUUUGAUGAUUGAUUCGAGUACAUAGAGCACGUACAUAGUCGUCGUCGUGGUGUUAGUAUCACAUACACAGACACAAACACAGUCAUGGGCAAACGAAAUGCCGAACACAGAAAUCAUCAUGAGCAGGAGACUCCCGUGAAAAAGCAGAAAAUUCAAUCGCCGCCAUCGUCGCCCGAGGAUGACAUCGACCGCCCUGAAUUCGAGCUCACACGAGAACUCGUCGAUAACACAAUUCUCACGGAUUUGACGCAAAAACAGUGGCGAAUCGGAAAACCCAUCGGAAAGGGAAGUUUCGGCGAGAUUUUUCUCGCUUCUGAUGACACAUCGAGACCCGUUACGACUGAAACAGCCAAAUAUGUUGCAAAAAUUGAACCUCAUUCGAAUGGACCAUUAUUUGUUGAAAUCCAUUGUCUGCUAUCUACUGCCAAGGCAACUGAUGAGCACCCCUUACCUCCGGGUAUGCCUCAAUACAUUGCAAGCGGAUCGCAUCAUUUUGCGUCGCGCCGUUACCGUUUCCUCAUCUUGCAACGUUUCAAGUGCGACUUGCAUUCCAUAAUCAAAAAUCGUCGUGUCAGUUUGAAACACUUGCUCAUCCUCGCGAAACAAAUUCUCGACAUUUUGGAGCAUUUGCACGACAACGGAUACGCGCAUUCCGACAUCAAGGCGGAAAACUUAAUGAUUGGCUCGUGUACUUACGACAAAGAAGCCGAAAUGCGUCGUCUUAAGAGAGCGACAGACAAUGCCUUACACAAUAGUAUCGCGUUCGGCGCGGAUGAUGAUCACGAAAACGCAUCUCAGGGAGGAGGCAACAACAACAGAAAACGCGCAAUUCGCACGAAAAAAGACGAAUUUUUGUUGCACCAAACGCCCGGGAAGCCGUAUUCGAUGCGAAAUCACCGUCAAGUCAGCUACAAAUACAACGACGACGACAUUGACGACGUGAAUUCCGACUCGGAUGACGACGAAGACUUCAAUGUGCGCAGUCCGAAUGCCACAAUGGAAAGUGUGGGCAAGAAAAAACGCUCCGGGCGUGGCAACAACAAACGUGGAAAUGUGAUCAACAAGCGCGUUUUGUUCGAUGAGCCGCCAAAGACGAAAUUCAUUACCGAAGAUCACAUUUAUCUCAUCGAUUUUGGGCUGGCUUCCAAAUUUCUCGACUCGAAUGGGACGCAUCAUCCGUUCUGCAUGGAUCAGCGACGUGCUCAUGACGGGACUCUUGAAUUCACGUCGCGCGAUGCCCAUAUGGGAGCUCAUUCACGUCGUUCGGAUUUGGAAUGUUUGGGAUUUAAUUUGAUGUAUUGGACUUUGGGCUCGUUACCAUGGAAAGACGACAAAUUGAUGAAUCAACCGGAGCACGUGCAUCGAAUGAAGGAGAUUUUCAUGACUGACGCCCGCGAAAUGCUCAAACUGAUUUACGGGCAACAAGUUCCUAAAUUUCUCGGAGAUUAUUUGUGUUACGUGAACGAGUUGGCGUACGACGAACGCCCGGAUUACGAGUUUUUGCGACAAAUGUUUACGCGGGAAUUUACGGAUUUGGGCCACAAGGCGUCGGAAAUGGUCUUGAAUAUCAGUGAUCUGAAGCGGGGAUGCGUUGAUGAGAAAAAAGUCACGAAUCAGGCAGACAACCGCAGUGAUAAGAUUAAUAAUGUUAAGUCAAUAGCAAAGUUAGGGUUAUUGUUGCCGAUCAAAGAUCUCGAUCGUUCGCGUCGCAGCAGCAUGGGCUUGUCCCAAAUCUCGCCGAAGAACCUGCGAUCGAAGGCAGCUGACAAAAAGUCGAAGAAACAACGAACUCGAUUCUCGUGGGCGGAAGUUUUGAGUCAAGAUCCCGACCAAAUCGCGCGUCAACGUGCGGAAAAGGAAUUCGAACGCGAACAAAUGAUGGAAAUUCCAAACAAAUACAAGGGACAACCAACUUACGCGAUUCUCGAGAUCGAAAAUCGUCUCAAAGCUGCCAAGGAGAACAACAACGAGACGAAGCAUUUCUACGAGGAACCCGAUUACAUCAAAGGCUACACGAAAACCAUGAUGGAAAUCGCACGGAAAAUUAGUGCCAACAAAAUCUCAUCCAUCGCAAGUCCUCCCGCCACGCAAGAAGACUCUUCCGAAUCAUCGCCGCCGCAACAAACUGCCCGUUGUCGUCGUCGCAAGAGUACAAAUCCCACGAAAAUUGUCAAAUCGACGCGCGUUAAGCAAUCGUCGCUCGAGGAAAUUCACGACAACUUUUACAUUCGCCCGAAACGCAAAAAUGAGGCAUUUGCGCAGCAACUUACGCCGCCGCCUUCAACAACGGACGAAUCGUCGUGCAGCAGUAAUGCGAGUAGCGACAGUGAUGUUACUCGUGCACCCGGAAAAAGGCAAACGACAAAUUUUCCGACGACGAAGGGACGGUACAAUGCGAAAAAUGGGAGCGCAGGCACGUCGCGUUCGAGUAGCCAUACCAGUAUUCAGAGCAUGUCGUCGAACAAAUCGGAAUGCACAACGUCGGGUAUUUCGUCUUCCGUGUUUUUUGACGAAGAUGCCGACGAUGAGGAGGAAUUCCAUCAGAAAGUCAAGCGGCAAUUUCAGGUUCAGCCCGUUAAGAAGCGUCGCGGAAGACCUCCGGGUAAAUGUAACCAAAAAAGUCGAGAAAAUCCGAAUUAUUUCAACUAGAGGAUAAAUCAACUUCUUACCACACAAUUCCAUAUGUGAGCCAGUGAGCAACUUCGUACUUUGGAGAAUCAACAAAGAAAAGAAUUGAAACUGCAAUCUGCUCCAAAAGUGAGCAUCAAACAUGAAAAAUGAAAGAAAUCUACCAUAAUAUUAAUGAAUAAUGAGAAAAUUAAACUAAAAAAUAUAUUAGAGACUCAAAUUUAGCUCUUGUACGAAAUAAAUUUACCUUUCCUUUAAUUUUAGAGAAACAAAAUUUUUAUUUUUCACGUCUAGUUAGUGAACACGAGAACGAAUUCUGGACUGGAAAAAGCAAAAAGAAAUGACGACUGAUUCGAUUUUUAAUUUUUAAACUAUAAUUUUUGACUGUUAGCUCGUAGAAAAGAAAUGUUUCCAGUAUCGCGAGACAAAUCUGAAUUAAUUAAAUUAAAAUUAAUUUUAUAAUUAAAGGAAAAAAAAACGAUGAAUGAUGAACAAAAAGGCUUAAAUACGAUCCUUCACAACUAUUACAACAGACUAUUAAUUAAUUCUUAAAAUAAAAUAAAUUAAAGUUACACGAUAUGUAUAAAAAAAUAUCUCUAGAUGAUUAAAAAAUGCAUGAAUGGUAGUUUAUAGAAAAAUUAAUUCAUUCAAAAAUGAAAAGGUUAGAAAAAAAAUGUAAAAAAAAUUAAAUUUGUAGUUAAAGGAGAUAUGAAAAAAGCCUUCAAGGCUUGGAAAGUGCAGAAAAUAAUUUUUUCAAUUUUUUAUUAAAUUUUAAGAAAAAUCACGUUUGAUUUUUUUUCUGUCUGUUUUUGUUUCUUUGAACACACAAAUAAAUAAUUAAUUAAAAAAAUAAAAUAAAUAAUUGUU